CCUGGCGGCGGAGCCCGCGCAGGGUUUGCCAGGCGAAGGCGGAGCGCUAACGUCUAACGCUAACGGCGGUCGUGCCCCGCCGCUGCUGUCACCCCCGGCCGCUGCUGCCCUCCCCGCCGAGGUUCUACUGCUCUCGUUCUUGAGAAGAAGGGUGGGAGGCACUCGGUCUCUCCCCACACCUCUCGCCUGAGGCCAGGCGCCAGGUGUCGCCUGAAGCCAGACAGCCGGUUUGGGAGCAAGCCUGAGGGCAAGGGGAAGGCAAGGAGAUCUUCAAGAGAAUGUGACUGUGGGGGAUUAUGGCUUUCUGGCCAAUUUGUGUGCGUAUUUUGUACCCAGAAUACUAUUACACGGUUUCUUACCCGGAGGACAGUGGGUGGGAGACUCAAGAGUUUGGAAUCAGAGCCCUCCACCGAGGAGCCACACCUCUGCUUUUUCAUCAGCGACAGAGAUAUAAAAAUACCUCUGGGUGAAUUGUCAUGUGGACCAAUGGGCAUACCUAGCACUUCAUAGACUCCUAUCACACAUUAUUUUAUACCUAGCACUUCAUAGACUCCUAUCAGGCAUUAUUUUAUACCUAGCACUUCAUAGACUCCUAUCACACAUUAUUUUAUACCUAGCACUUCAUAGACUCCUAUCACGCAUUAUUUUAUACCUAGCACUUCAUAGACUGCUAACACGCGUUCAUUUUAUAGCUAGCACUUCAUAGACUGCUAUCGCGCGUUCAUUUUUACUAGUAUCUAUUGAACACUAAGUUCCAGGCACUGGGCUAGGCAUUGGGAUGGUGUGGUGAGCAAAAACUGACCAGUCCUGCUGUGGAGUUUCCUGGGGGAGACACAUGUUACUCAAAGAAUCACACCAACCAUAGGUCAACCAAUCAAUGGCUCAGACAGAUAAGCCAACAUGCAUCCCGCCGGAGCUGCCGAAAAUGCUGAAGGAGUUUGCCAAAGCCGCCAUUCGGGCGCAGCCGCAGGACCUCAUCCAGUGGGGGGCCGAUUAUUUUGAGGCCCUGUCCCGUGGAGAGACGCCUCCGGUGAGAGAGCGGUCUGAGCGAGUCGCUUUGUGUAACUGGGCAGAGCUAACACCUGAGCUGUUAAAGAUCCUGCAUUCUCAGGUUGCUGGCAGACUGAUCAUCCGUGCAGAGGAGCUGGCCCAGAUGUGGAAAGUGGUGAAUCUCCCAACAGAUCUGUUUAAUAGUGUGAUGAAUGUGGGUCGCUUCACGGAGGAGAUUGAGUGGCUGAAGUUUUUAGCCCUUGCUUGCAGCGCUCUGGGAGUUACUAUUACCAAAACUCUCAAGAUAGUGUGUGAGGUCUUAUCAUGUGACCAUAAUGGUGGGUCAGCCCGGAUCCCGUUCAGCACCUUCCAGUUUCUCUACACAUAUAUUGCCGAAGUGGAUGGGGAGAUCUCUGCAUCACACAUCAGCAGGAUGCUAAACUACAUUGAACAGGAAGUAAUUGGUCCUGAUGGUUUAAUCACGGUGAAUGACUUUACCCAAAACCCCAGGGUUUGGCUGGAGUAACAGCACAAUUUUGGCAAUUUUAAAGGAAGAUACAGAGGUGAUUGUACUUCAGAAUGAUAAACCCAUAUACCACCCAAAAUCAAUUUUCUUGUACAACUGGUACACACUAAUAAACAAACAUGUGAGAUCAGAAA